GGCCUGUCUGCCUCUCUCUUUCUGCCUGUGUCCCUUUCCCUGCCAUGGCGCCACAGGUCCUUUCCUUGGACUCAUGACCUUUGAUUUUCCCAAGUCACAACCCGUUCACCGUCCCAGCACAAUUCCCGCUGCCCGUUGUCCUUCUCCUCUAGGCUCCUCUUUCUACGAUUACGGGCCUGUUUCUCAUCCAGGAUUUGGAUACUGCUUGACCUGUGCAUUCAAUUCUCGUUUCCGGCUCCCAUUCUUAUGUGUCCUACAGCACUAAGCCCUUUCGCUUCCCUCCUCACUCUCCCCGGCCUGGCGAUUUCUGUUCCUCCCGUUCAGUGGCUGUUCGGCACGAAGCACAAACACGUAUCAAAGAGCAAUCAACUCUCCGUCUAACCAUCAUCCUCGUCGGUAAGCCUUAUCCGUUCCAAUCCAUCACCAUCAUAACCUUCUUUUUGCCCCUCCUUUGCCUGUAAUGACCCCUUGUACGAUUCCCACUUGUCGGCUUGUCUCCUCUCAGCCGCCGCACUGCAGCACUCAAGUCACCACCUCACAUGCGCCCGUUGCCUCUUGUCACCGACUGUCCACAAAUCCAUCACUAGCGUCUUGCAACCAUUUCAGCAUUCAAUUCUGAUUUCUGUUGCACGGCCCAAUGGCCUGCAAGUGGAACCCAUGAUCCAUCUCGCCGCCAUUCUUUCGCCAUAGUCAAGUUCUGGCUCGCUGGCUAACAUCCUCCUCCAGUCAUCACACCAGCCCCAGCUAAACCCUUUUGGGAAUUUUCCAUCCCAACUUCGACAGCAAGUGGCCGAUUCGGAUCUCGCAUACCUACUGCGCUCUGACGAUUCCACCACGAAAAGUACCGACUAGCCAAUGGAUGACCGAACCUCACCAAAGCCAUGAACCCUUGGCUCAACACCGAUUCCCCAACUCCAAAUAACCAUGCUGGCUUUGGAGGUCCAAUGGAUGCUGGCAUGUCUUUCCUACAGCCUCCCCAAACGAUAAAUCCCGCCCAAUUUCAGAAUCCCGCCUUCCUCAAUGGCGCCGCACGUCCAGCCUCUUCCACCUUCCACAACCCAGUUUACCAAACCAACCAGGUGAUUCCUUCCAAAAGAGCAAGAGAAGAUAGCUUGGCCACGUCGCCACGACAGGCUUCGGGAGGACUCCCAGGAUCGCGAUCACAAACUCCUGGCCAGAACCCCUUUCCUGUCUACAACCCUCAGGCCAAUGGAGCCCCAUCCAUGUCCAGCGCGCCUGCUCCUUUCCAGCAUCUCCAGCCUACUUCCAAUGCCACCCCGUCUCCGACCGUACAACAAAUGAGCCAAUUCGGUCAGCACCCCGGUAAUCAACGCGUCGCCACCGCUUCACCUAGUCCAUUCUCACCACAACAUGCGCCUCCUCCACACGCAUCCCCGGCUCCAUCUGACCACGCCAGUCGAGUUGGCACCCCUCAUGACAAUCCCCAGCAUUUCAUGCCCAACGGUGGCUUCCCUCAAGCGUUCAAUCAGCCUCAAUUUGCUCAAAAUCUCAAUAGUGGCAUGCCGCAAAUGGGCAUGAACCCUCAAGGAAACAUGCCUCAUCCCCAGGCCAUGUCUCAAGCCCAAAGAAGUUACCAGGCUCAGCUACAGGCUCAAGCGCGUCAAAUGCAAGCCCAGGCCCAGGCUCGCAUGAAUGGAAUACCCAACAACCUACCUCCAGCGGGCCAACAUCCGCAGAUGCCUCCGACCCAUCAAGGCCCUCCAGGCUCCUAUCCUCAACCUCGGCCGAACAAUCCUGAUGAAUUCCUUCGCGGCUUGCAACAAUUCAUGACUGCCAGAGGACGUGCCGUAGAUCCUAACCCCAUAAUUUGCGGUAGGCAUCUGCCACUUGUCCGCAUGUGGGCUCUCGUCGUCAAAGCCGGAGGCUCUCAGAAAUUGACCAAGAUGGGACAAUGGGGUGCUCUUGUUCAACAGAUUGGCUUCCAGGGCCCGCAAAUUAUGCAGGCCGCCCAAGAGCUACAGCUAUUUUGGGCUAACAACCUCGCUGCCUAUGAAACCGCGUUGCAAGUUUCGCAACACAAACAAAGGAUGGCACAAGCAUCUAUGCAACAACAGCAAGGCCCUCUACAGAUGUCGCCGACGAAAGAUAUGCACCCGCCACAAGACUCUCUUCAUCAUAGAGCUCCUUCCAUGAACGAACAUGCUACACCACAUAUGCAAUCUUCAGCACCAAAUGGUUUUACCCAGCAGCAACACCCACAGCCCACACAAGAAGCCCCGAUCACACCCCAACAACGCCGCCCAAGUAUGUCCCGACAGCUUGACCCUCAACAGCCUGAAGGCAUCCCAGCACAGUCGCAGGCACAAACACCACUCAAGAGACCUCAAACAAGCAACAAAGUGGUUGAGCAGGAGCCGGACUAUAGCAAGCGCCUCUCGAUGCCGAUACAAGACCCUUUCAAGCCUGACAUCUUCCCACCAAGUCGAUCGCAUGGUCCCAUCAACGUCGAAGAAAUUUAUAGCAUUGCUCAACAUAUCGCAGAUCUGAAGCCGACUGUGCCGACUGUUCGAGAGAUGGGAGUGAUUGAUAUCCACGCUCUGACCAUGGCAAUUAAAUCUGGAAUGCAUGCCGAGACACGAGUGGCCCUUGAUACCCUAGUCAUGUUGUCAACUGAGUCGGCUCUGCAACUAUCGCUCGUCGACUGCGACGAUCUCAUGGACACACUACUAGACUGCGCAGAAGACCAGGUAGCCUUCCUCAGCGAACAUGCCACCGAAGUCUCUGAGGAGAUGUCACUUUCUUCCUACGAAGAUCUCGUUCGGUCGUGCCGAAGUGAAAAUGACUCGGUGCAAGAUACACCCGACUUUGGUACCGUACAAUAUGAUCUGGAGAAAGCCGCCGAUCGACUUAUAUGCAUCACUACCCUGAUCCGCAACUUUUCAUUCUAUGAAGCAAACUUUGGAAUACUCGGACAAGCCAAUGUGAUCAAACUGCUCAGCGCAAUCAUUCGCUACCUGGGGACAACAGAAAUGUUUCUCAGGUCGAACAGAAACACAUUGGACUUCAUGAAGGACGUGGUGAUUUAUCUCAGCAAUCUCUCAAUCAAGUUGCAGCUUCCGGGCAAGGCCGAAGGUCUUUGCAUUCUCCACUUUCUACUCGCCUUUGCGCCUGUCCCUGCACCGAUCUCCGCGUCCUCGACCAAAGCGUCUUUCACAAUGUAUACGCCAGCACUCCACAAAUACAUGCCAUCGGCAGUCGAUAGUUUGGCCAAACUUUUGGCCAUGGACGAACCAAACAGGACAUAUUUUAAGGCCAUCUUUGCGGCUGACGCACAUUCGUCUCCGCCGUACGAGCUACUCACUCGGGCAUUCGGGCUCGCAAUAUCCUGCGUUCCUGCAAGUUCAAAUCAUACUCGAACGAUUAUUGAAGCUCGCAAACCCUUCCUCCUACAAGGAAUGCUGGCCGCUGAAAUCUUGGCGGGUUUUGCUCCAGGAUCCGACCAUUCCCUGGCGAGGAUGUGGCUCGAAUCUGAUGACGGCUUUGCUGGCAAUCUCCUUCGGUUGGUUGGUCUAUUAAGUGCCGAUCGAACGACGCAGACCGUCCCCAGGCAUGUUCAAGCCCCCAACAAUCGCAAUCACCCUGAACAAGACAUCAACGGGUAUGGCGCAAUUACGAACCGUGCGAUGACGGUUCUCAAGACUCUUGUACAGAAGGCCAAGACUGUCGAUGAAGACGGUUCCACUAUCAUCCCGCUGGGGGUGAUGCCAAAGAAGGAAAGCUUGCUAGGCGCAAUGAUACAAAAGGACAUCGACCCUGGAAUUCUGCGACAGUUGUGUGUAUAUGCAGGGUUGGAAGAAUGAUGACGAGUCGACGUGGCUACCCUACAAUCCAGCUUCAGGCACACUGUAUUGUUAUAGCAACAAAGACCUUCAAGAUGGGUUGCGACGAUUUGGAAAGUCACCCACAAAGUUCGACUUGAGGAGUUUGUAUACCAAAAAUGUAAUAGUUUACCUAACAGCGCGUCAUAUCCUCACCAUCUACUUUGACCAUGUCAUAUACUAUCCUCGAGCAACGUCGACACAGUUUGAAAGCUGAAAUUCAUCUCUUGAUGUGAGAAGGAUGAGUAGGAAGCAGGGACAAAAUUCGGUUACAGUUUUGUGGACGAGGUAGAGGAUAACUGAUGUAUACAGACAUAGACAUAUAUUAAGCUUUUAGUCAUACUGUUACAA